AUGCCACGCGGUCCUGAAGCAGGAUACUGCUGCCUGACCAGGGACUCCAACAUGCCCAACAGCAGAGAUGCCCAGCAGCAAGGUGCCUCGGGGACCACCCAAAACAACUCCCAAACCAGCUCCUUAAUUGAUGGGCGAACGCUCCCCAAAGAGUCCUCAACUCAUGGCCUUGAGUUCUCAGCUCCAGAGAAGGCCUCACCGCCAGAUGCCGCAGAGGAAACACUCUGGACAGCUCGGGCAGAUGGAAGAGUGCGCCUGCGCCGGGAACCCUUUUGCACGCAGCCUCCGUAUACGGUGCACCGGAUGUUCUAUGAGGCCCUGGAUAAGUACGGAAGCCUCAGUGCUCUGGGCGUCAAGCGCAGAAACAAGUGGGAGCGCAUCUCUUACUACCAGUACUACGAGAUUGCCCGCAAAGUCGCCAGGGGCUUCCUGAAGCUUGGCCUAGAGCGAGCCCACAGCGUGGGGAUCCUCGGCUUCAACUCCCCAGAGUGGUUCUUCUCUGCGGUGGGCACAGUGUUCGCAGGGGGCAUUGUCACGGGCAUUUACACCACUAGCUCCCUUGAAGCCUGCCAGUACAUCGCCCACGACUGCCGUGCCAACGUCAUUGUGGUUGACACACAGAAGCAGCUGGAGAAGAUACUGAAGAUCUGGAAAGACUUGCCACAUCUAAAAGCAGUGGUGAUAUACCAAGAUCCCCUUCCAAAGAAGAUGGCCAACGUGUACACGAUGGAAGAACUCAUAGAACUGGGGCAAGAAGUGCCCGAGGAGGCCCUAGACACCAUCAUUGACACCCAGCAGCCCAACCAGUGUUGCGUGCUGGUCUACACAUCCGGCACCACCGGAAACCCCAAGGGCGUGAUGUUGAGUCAAGACAAUAUCACAUGGACGGCCCGGUUUGGCAGUCAGGCUGGGGACAUCCAGCCAGCAGAAGUCCAGCAGGAGGUUGUCGUCAGCUACUUGCCUCUCAGCCACAUUGCUGCCCAGAUCUACGACCUGUGGACCGGCAUCCAGUGGGGAGCCCAGGUCUGCUUUGCAGAUCCCGAUGCCCUAAAGGGGAGCCUGGUGAACACACUGCGGGAGGUGGAGCCCACAUCCCACAUGGGGGUGCCUCGUGUGUGGGAGAAGAUCAUGGAAGGGAUCCAGGAGGUGGCAGCACAGUCUGGCUUCAUCCGGCGCAAGAUGCUGCUAUGGGCCAUGUCCGUGACCUUGGAACAGAACCUCACUUGCCCUAGCGAUGACCUGAAGCCCUUCACAAGCAGACUGGCGGAUUACCUAGUAUUAGCCAAGGUCCGUCAGGCUCUGGGCUUUGCCAAGUGUCAGAAGAACUUCUAUGGAGCAGCCCCCAUGACUGCAGAGACACAGCGCUUCUUUCUGGGCCUUAACAUCCGCCUGUACGCAGGCUAUGGCCUCAGCGAGAGCACAGGCCCCCACUUCAUGUCGAGCCCCUACAACUACCGACUGUACAGCUCUGGCAAGCUGAUCCCUGGCUGCCGGGUGAAGCUGGUGAAUCAGGAUGCCAACGGCAUUGGUGAGAUCUGCCUGUGGGGCCGCACCAUCUUCAUGGGCUAUCUGAACAUGGAGGACAGAACAUGUGAGGCCAUUGACUCGGAAGGCUGGCUACACACGGGUGACAUGGGCCGUCUGGAUUCUGAUGGCUUCCUCUACAUCACUGGGCGCCUCAAAGAAUUAAUCAUCACUGCGGGUGGGGAAAAUGUGCCCCCGGUGCCCAUUGAGGAGGCCGUGAAGACAGAGCUGCCCAUCAUCAGUAGUGCCAUGCUGAUAGGGGACCAGAGGAAGUUCCUGUCCAUGCUGCUGACUCUGAAGUGCACGCUGGACCCAGAGACAUCUGAGCCAACAGACAACCUGACGGAGCAAGCUGUGGAGUUCUGCCAGAGGGUGGGCAGCAGGGCCAGCACCAUAUCCGAGAUUGUGGGGCCGAGAGAUGAGGCUGUGUACCAGGCCAUCCAGGAAGGGAUCCAGAGGGUGAACGCGAAUGCGGCAGCCCGGCCCUACCACAUCCAGAAGUGGGCCAUUCUCAAACGUGACUUCUCCAUCUCCGGUGGAGAACUGGGCCCCACCAUGAAACUGAAACGGCUCACGGUUCUGGAGAAGUACAAAGAUAUCAUCGAUUCCUUUUAUCAAGAGCAGAAACAGUAG